AUGAGUUGUAUUGUUAGCAAUUCACCACCAAAUAGCCAACAAAAACAAAGACCAAUGAUUAAUAGUUCUCAUUAUGAAGCAAAGUGUAAAUAUUAUUUUGAAAAGAUGGAUGGUAUACCUGCUAAUAUGUUACAACAUCUUAAAGAAGAUUGUUCUAAAAUUAGUAAAGAAAUUCGUGAUACUCUUCAUAUUAUGUUUAAAGCAUAUAAAAAGGUUGGAAUGGAAUUGGGAACUGAUAAAUGGAUAGGAUUUGUAUCUGAUAGUGGAUCAGAUAUGGCUAAAGCACAACGUCUUAUGCAUCAAGCGGAAAGUAGAAGAAAUGAUAAUAGCAUAAUUAAUGCUAUAGAAAGUAUCAAUUUUUGGGAAAAACUUACAAUGUUUUAUGAAUUACUAAGGCCUUAUGGUCAUAUUAUUAUGAUUUUAGAAUCUGAAUAUGCUACUCUUGGACAAGUUGUAGCAACAUGGGCAUGGUUAAGAGAAGUUAUUAACAAAUUACCUUCUAAUGAAAGAGAAUUUAAAACUUUAAUGAUUAAUGAAAUUGAUAAUCAAUGGAAGAAAAUUUACAAUCCGAUUUUUCUUAUUACCUGGUUUUUGCAUCCAUAUCAUCAAGGAAAAGGAAUCAAAUUAACAAAGUUAUUACAAAUUCAAGAGAAUGCUUAUUCUUUAUUUUGUAUAUUAUAUCCAGAUAAAGAUAAUAAUGCAUUUAUAGAUAAAUGGUUAGAUUAUCAAAAUAAGGAAGCCGAAUUUGCUUAUAGGCCUUUUUCAAUUCCACCAAGUUCAACAACUUCAGAAAGGGUAUGGUCUCUUAUGGGCAAUAUACAUACUGAACGGCGUAAUCAUUUAUCAUCAAAAAAAGCUGUUAAAAUGGCACAAAUAAUAUGGUAUAUAAGAGAGCAAUUUUUUGCAAAUAAAUCAAAAAAGGCUCAAGAUUCUUUAGAUUCUUUAAAG